AUGAUCAUUAGGACAAUAUUUUCAUUUCUCUUAAUCGAAUUGGCUUCUCCAUGUAUUCGAAUGCAACCGUUGCACAAAAUGCGGACAAACCCUUGCCGCAACAGUCAGCGACCAGGCGGCACUCACCGAUGUGACAAUUCCGAAUCGAAGAAACGGAAUCGUCAAAUUUACGUACAGCAAAGGAGCCAAUGGAUGCCUUGUCGCGACAAUGAGCUGUGCCCCGAACACCAACGAUCAACAACAAACACAACUUAUUAUUGCGAGUCAAGCGGUAAGCGUUUGAAAGCUUAUCGCCUG